CUUUCUUUAAAAAAAGAUAAUAACUUAUCUCAUAGCUUUUAUUUUUGUAUCUCUUCUCUGGCAGUUUAAAUUCGCUUGUCUUCACGAUGAACACUUUAACCAUCUUUGCUGUUUUAUUAUUAUUUUAUCAAAUUGAGAUUAUAACACCUCAGCAAAGUGUACCAGCCAUAAUCGAUAUUGGUCAGGCCGAAGACAACCCCAAUGAAACCUUAAACGAUGUUCUAAAAUUUGGCACUAAUGUCAUCAAUACUUUAGCUGAGAAGGUCAACACCUUGCCUCCAAACAUGAAGACAGCUGGACAAAAUAUCCUGGUCGAUGCUCGAGAAGGAUUACAGUCCUGUGAGAGCGCAUUCAUGCGAAAUGGAACUGCUUGGGAGUACAAAGUGUGCUGCAGUGAAUACCUGAAAAACGGAAUGAUAGCAUUCGGAAAUUUGUCUGCAGAAAGUUAUCGAUCCUCCGCAGCUGAAAAACAAUUCACUCAUCAAACAAAAUUUUAUAUAAUUUCCUGUUUUCUUGUGUUUGUAAAUAUUGUUUAAAGUAAAAACUCAUAAAAAUAAGAGCAAAUACUUUGCGAAUUGUCUUUUGCUAAAAACUUAACGAUGCAUUGCGAAUUGUGUAUAUUCAAAAUGUGCGAUCCUUCAGAUAGUUCUGACUUUUUAUUUGCCUUGGAAUUACUAAUAUUAACUUGAACGAAUGCAAAAACAAAAUUUGACAACUGGUAUUUUGAUGCAAUGAAGUGUAUGCCAUUUCAAAUGUCCUUAGGGAUUGUUUGAAAGAAAAUGCAUUAGCUGUACAAAACACUCAACUGUGGCGGAUAUCGAUUCAAGAUUCAAGUUUCUUUUCUGUCCAAAUCCAAGUAUACAUCUAUGCAUGUUCUCAACAACCCGGACGACAGACCCUCAUUCCCACUCAACUCCUUGAAGAAAACUAAUAAUGUUCUACAUUCAGCUGGCAGCAAAUAUAAAUAACGAGAAAUAAAAAUAAAUUUCUCCGAGACAUUUAUUUGAUAUAAACGUCCGCCCAUCUCGUUCCCGCUCCAACACACACACAAUUUGUCAUUCUUUUUCUUUAAUUUUUUUUAUUUUUUUGAAGUUUCUCAAUAAAAUAAGAAUUAAAUUUUAUAUUCAAAUUUUGAUUUUGAUACGUAACAUAAAAUAUUUUCUGUUUUUCGAUUUCGACAAAAAUGCAAUGAACCAUAAUGGAACAACCCUCGCAAUUAUAUUUAUUUAUCUCAUUCUCAUGACAACGCCAUCGUUAUUCAACAGGAACGGAAGAAGUUGCCAGUUUUUGGUUUAUGCGACUUCAGGGCCCGAUAGAAGAAAAGCCAAAGACAUCAAUUUAUAUUCAAGAUUCAAGGAACGAUUGAAUGUAACCUCGAAUUUAGCAGAAAUUGAAUACCAAACUCGAACCUCGGAUGCGCUGAAUUCAAUUUACAAUCUGGCAGGAGAUGUACUUAGCCAACAGCUUAAGCAUCAUCAUCAGGCAGAGCGAACGCCAGAAUCUGAAUCUCAAAAUGGCAAUUAUGCUGAAAGAUUGGUGUUGGGGGAGAACGACGACGAAGCUGAUGUUCCCUCUCCAGCUGUUGCAUCUUCAAACACCAACUAUUACUCUGCUUCCAACGACGGCACUGCUGCCACUAGAAGGAACACUCGAGCUGGCUCCACCGCCGCCAUCGCCGCUGCCAACAACGAUAAUGGAAAUGCAAUUCUUGCCGAACUAAAUCUCCAAUUGAUAAAUAGCCCGGCGAUUGUGUCGAAUGCGAACCAAUCGAACCAUCGACAAGCUCGUAAAAUACAAAAGGCAAGCCGCAUGCUUCAGCAUCACAUCAGCCCUCUCCUUCCAAGUCGCCGUCUUCGUUAUCGACGUCGUCAUCGUCUGAAAAAAUUCCAUCCUCAAACAAACACUGGAAAAAGGCAAAGUUCAAGGCCAUCAGAGAUGGCCCUCGCCCCGGGUGCAGGACGGAGAAAACUAUCGACAUCACAAUACCUUAAAAGGGGAGCAUAUGCCGUAUUGGAAGAACAAAAACAACAAGCAGCGAAAAACAUGGAUGAUUUUUGGAGUACGAGUUUGAGUUUGAAUUCGAGCAAUAGGAGCAAUCUCGUUCUCGAUGCUGGUUCUGGCCAUAAGAUGAAUGAUUUGGCUAUGAAAAGAAUUGCUCCUGAGAAUGGAUGUGGUAAUGGUAAUGGUGAUGGUGGUGAUGAUGGUGGUGGUAAAAUAGGUGACGAUGACAGCACGAAACCAUUCGGACGCUCAAGCGUAAAGUGGCGAAAGAAAUUGCAAAUUGAUGGCAACAAAAAUAAUUUCAGAAAAACUAGGUCCUGGCCAAUUUUUCCUUUUGCAAAAGACCAAUCAAAUGGAUUAAUUCAAUCGAGUGAUGGAGAUGGCGAUGACGAUGGCGAUGGAGAUGAGAAUGAGGAUGAGGAUGACUAUGAGGAUGAAGAUGGCGAUGACAAUGGAAAUGUGGACGAAGAGGAAAAAGAAAAUGAAGAUGAAAUCAGGCAGCAACAAAUAAGUUUGGGAAAUACUUAUUCCUUACGUGGAAAUGCUAAAGUUGAUAAUGGAAGACAUAUUCACAUACGAAAUACUGAUUCAUUUCCUGAAGUUUUUGCGCGUCCAUUAGCUGAAUCAAAUUCUGCACCAAUUAUUUUAACUGGAACUGGAGCUGGAAAUGAAUUAAAUGAGGCAAUCAAAAAUGCUAAUAGUUUGUUGGCGUCGUCAUCGGCGGCUUCAGCGGCGGCUUCAGCGGCGGCGUCGUCUUCUGUACAGGAUGUUGAAAGAUAUUCGAAUACACCUUUUGUAAAGUUGGACGACUCUAAACAACAACGUUUUCAAAAGCAAAUACAAGCACUAGAUGGCGCUAGUCUAAAUCCUCCAAAUACAGGAAUGCAAAACUAUUCAAAUAGAAGCGAUACAAGUGCAACGAACUUAACCAACGUUAUGGAAAAGGUUCUGGACGAACUUGAAACUCUUAAAGAAUGUAAGGAGACAGAUGGAACACAACCAGAUGGUUCACCUUGUGAUGUUGCCGGCUCAUGGAACUCUGAAACAAUAGGUCUACAAUUUAAUAUAGCAAUGGGAGAUCCAUCAUCGCGAACAUUUGAAGAAGGAAAAACACUUGAAAUUGAAGUAACAGAAAGGGUUCCCCCAAGGCAACAUCAGGAUUUAAUUCAAUGCGAUUGGGUUAUUACAGGAAAUACUGUGAAACAAGUUGGAGGUCCAUUUUAUAUGACAGCUCAGAAGGCUGAUAGAUUUAUUGUAGCGACAUUUGCUGGUCUUUGUAAAACUUGUGGUGGUAUACCAACAAUUUUUGGUUCUUGGACUUUUGUCUAUCCAGCCAAAGACUGUCAAGAUAUUUCAAUAGCCGUUGAAAAUAAACGUGACAUCCUGCGCCGGGACAGUUUAGAAGCUAAACGAAAACAUCGCCGAGAUCGAUUAAAAUCAAAGGAUAAAGGAAAAUGUCGACAUGGUUGAAUUUGAAUGCAAUUUUUAAUUAUUUAUUAUUUUAAUGUAUUUUUAUGAUAAUUUAUAAAGAUUGAACACGAAUAAUUAUAUUUAAAGCUCAUUUUGUCAGCAAUUAAAAUGUGCAUUUUAUUUGCAAUUUAUAUUUUUACUGCGCAGGAGCAGCAGCAGGAGCACUUGUAGCGAGUCUUGCGUCAGCUUCAGCUUGAAUUUGUUGUAUUUGCAGGAGGCUUGAUUUUAAAUUAUUUAUGACACAAACUUUAUUUUGCCAAACAAUUAAGCCUUCACAGGUGGUACAGGCUUUGGUAGAA